AUGAAAACAAUAUCGGAAUUUGUUCUACUUGUUGUUUAUGUUGAUGGCAUAAAUCUUAUUGAAACUCCAAUAGAGCUUCAAUUGACAAUUGAUAAUUUAAAUAAUGAAUUUGAGAUGAAAGAUCUUGGAAGGACAAAAUUAUGUCUUGGUUUGCAAAUUAAGCAUUUGACAUAUGGUAUUUUCGUUCAUCAAUCUUCCUAUACAGAAAAAGUGUUGAAAAGAUUUUGUACGGAUGAAGUGCGUCUAUUAAGUAAUAUGAUGGGUUUUUUUUCACUUGAUGUGAAUAAGGAUCCAUUCCGACCUCAUGAAAAAGAUGAGGAAAUUCUUGGUUCUGAAGUACCAUAUCUUAGUGGAAUUGGUGCACUGAUGUAUCUUGCGAAUACACAAGGCCAGAUAUAA